AUGUCCAGUUACCAUGGAGAUCAUGGAUCUAAAUCUAGGUCUAAGGUCAAACCCGUUUUUAAGAAACUGAUACAAAGCGAAAAGAAUUCACUAGACUUGGAUCGGCCAGCGGCGGAACAACAAGAUGGCCUCGGGAUAUUUGAUUAUGGCGCUGGCUACAGUUCCCGUUCCUCUCACGACAUUGCAUACAACAGUCGCGAAGGAGGCAGAAGAGGUUUUCAUGCUCGUUCAACCAGCGGCACAUCUCAAUUUUCAAUAGCAACAACAGGCAGUGCUCAGCGUUCCGGCUCAUUCGUACAUCCUUUCCAACAAACCCCGCGACCCUACACUCCUCCUUUAGGUGCCUCCUAUCAAAACUCAAUUCGCGAAAGUGAAGCAACAAACAGUAGCAUUGCACUUACCGAAGAUGAGGAUCAGUUACGACAUACUUUCCGUAGUACAGCCAAUUUGUCAAAUCAAGCAAAUUCAAUGACUGGUUCAACAAAUCCCAUGCUUCAGCAAACCCUAAGAAUUCAAACCAAGCUACCUCCGACUUCAUCAAGACUUGUUCACGCAGCAUCACAUACAAGUCCGGUGCUGUCCCCUGAAGUAACCUCACCACUCGACACCAUGUCACCCACUUCCCCAUCUAUCCGACAAUCCAUGGAAGGAUUUCGUCUUCGAAGUCGCAGUGAUGUUGAUAAUCGUCUGCGCUCGGAAACCAUACAAGAGGCACGUCGCAAGUUUCAAGAAAAAGAGAGGGCGAAAGAAGAAAAGGCAGCGAGGGAGGAAAUUCGAGCAAUGGAAAAGAAGCAACAAAAAGAAGCGAGACAGAUUGAGAGAGGACAUCGCCGUUCUUCUGCCAGCGAUAAUCUACCUACUCGAUCAAAGCGGUCUAAGUCUGAUCUUACUAUACAUGAGAAAAGUGAAGGAAUUUUUGGACAAAAUUACAAUACGGCAACGAUUGCUGCCCCUCCCUUUCUCUCCGAGGAACAUAGUCGGGGUUCGCCGAACAGAAGUCAUACUGCAAUGUCAAAUACCAAAAAGAAAACACACAAUGCUUGGACAAAACUCAUGAUGUGGUUAAAGACUCGGUUCAUGCGACUGGGUAAAAAGUCUAGCAAAAAAUAA